AUGACCACUACGACGCCCACGCUCACACAUCUUUCGACUCUUUCGCCGCCGUCCAACUCGCGGACAUGGCAGACCGCGCCCCACCCGACGCAACCGAUUGUCGCCACCGCCUGCUCUGACCGCAGCGUGCGCGUCUAUAGCCUGACGUCGUUCACGCUGCUCCACGCCAUCACAGGAGGCCACAAGCGCUCUGUCCGGAGCUGCAGCUGGAAGCCGCACACACAGGGACAGAGCGUCCUGGCGACAGGCUCUUUCGACUCCAGCGCAGGCAUCUGGCGCAAGGAAGACGGCGACCGCCUCGAGCAUGAAGUCGGCCGUGAGAUUGGCGACGAAGAGAGCGAAGACGCGGAGGAGUACCAAUUCUCUUGCAUCCUCGACGGGCACGAAUCAGAAAUCAAGUCGCUCACGUGGAGUCCGAGCGGCCAGUAUCUUGCCACCUGCUCGCGCGACAAGAGCGUGUGGAUAUGGGAGGAGCUGGAGGACGACAACUUUGAGACGGUCGCGGUGCUGCAGGAGCAUGACGGUGACGUCAAGUGCGUGGCGUGGCAUCCUGAGGAGGACCUGCUGGUGAGCAGCAGUUACGACGAUACAGUCAGAUUCUACAGGGAGGAUCAGGAUGAUUGGGUGCAGGUCGCCAUGGUGGAGGGGCAUGGGAUGACGGUUUGGUGGGUUGAGUUUGAGGGCCCUGCCAUGUCCAAACAUGACUUCAGAAGGCAGAGAGAGGCACUGUCAGCAGCGCAAGCACAGCACGUGGAAGCCUUGGAGCAGAGCGGGCCAAGACUAGCGACAUGCGCAGACGACUGCACAGUGCGCAUUUGGCGACGGAAACCAAGAGAGGGACAGAGGCAGGAGAGCGGCAUGCCAUCGAUCAUCCGAUCUGCAGCCAUCGACGAGGACUGGUACCAAGAAGCCGUGCUUCCACGAGCUCACGACCGUGCCAUCUACUCUGUGAGCUGGAGUCGCGCGACCGGACUUGUCGUCAGUGCUGGGAGUGAUGGCAAGAUUGUCGUGUACAGGGAGAGGUGGAGGAGCCAGGGUUCGAACGGCAGUGUAAACGGCACGGCGAUGGAAGGCGUCGAGGGCGUCGAGGGCGUCGAGGGCGUCGAGGGCGCGGAUGGUGUUAGCGCUGCUGCGACAGAAUCCACCGAGGCAUCAGUGACUGAAUGGGUUGUGGUCGCAGAGAUGUACUCGGCGCACGACGUGUUCGAGAUCAACCAUGUUACGUGGGCGAAGAGGGCGGACAAGGGAAAGAGGUGGGACAGCGAGGAAGUCAUUGUCAGCACAGGUGAUGAGGGUGAGGUGCGCGUGUGGACCCUUGAUGAGGCAGUUCUGAAGGCGUGA